AUCAUCAUUCAUGAAGUUUAUUAUCAUUUAUCAUGCUUCGUAUCCUAAUAGAUGAACCGUAUAUUAUAUGUUUACAUGAUAAAUGUAUUCUAUAAUUCAUGGCCUUCUUGAAAGACUAGUGGUCGAGUUUAAAACUACUAUUUACAUCUUAAAAAAUGUCGUUGUUAAUGCCAUCACGAGAAAUCACAAGAGUUUUAAAUGUGAUUGGUGAACUAUUUCAGGAAGAAGGUAUACAGAUUUGUGUUAAAGAAUCAUUCAAAGGUGGUCUUAUAACUGGAAUUUCAACCAUAAUAGGCGGUCUACUUGGUGGUAAAACUGGAUUAUUAGCCGGUGGACUUGUGGGUACAGUUGCUGCCGUAAGUAUGGCUCCAAACUACAAAUCUCUCUUAGAAGUCAUUCAUGAAUUGGAUUAUGAAACUCAAAGAAAAAUGUUUGAUGCUAUUCAAAAUGCUGUACAAUCUGUUGAUUUAAAAGACGUGGUGAACUUAACAAUAACAUUAGCUGCCAGUCAAUCUAUUAAACAAAUUGUAAUAAGGGAAACAAUGAACUUUAUACAAAAUGAGUUACAGAUGGCAAUCGCUUCCAGUUAAAUUAGUUAUUUUAAUGUACAAAUAUUGACUGUCAUAAUAUCAGUUUAAUAAUGUAAAAAUAAAACAUAAUUAUUCUUAUUGUUUUUCUGAAAUUAUAUAUUAUAUAAAAAAUUAUAAAAUUAUAAAGGAUUUUUAAAAUUUAACCAA